AUGGAUCCUGAUACCGGAAGUUCCUCCCACAGCGCCACAGAGUCCAGCCACACGGCGAAGUGCCCAACCGCCAUUCCAAACACCCCCGUAUCCUCCCAUCAUCAUCACUACACACCCAAACAUUCAGCGCCAGCACAUAACACAACGAAGAAGAUGGCCACCGACGCAGGAAUCCGUCGCCCGCGUACCCGGCGUCAGCAUCUAUUUGUUAAAGAGCGUUAGCUUACCCCCCCAUACACUUCUUCGCGGCUUAAGCUAACCUAGCCACGCAACAGUCAAGUCCCUAAUGUACGCAUUCGGCGAUGAUCCAGAUCCGCUCCCGGAAUCGGUCCAAGUCCUAGAUGAGAUUGUCACGGAUUACAUUGUGGAUAUGUGUCAUGAUGCGGCGAGGAUGGCUUCCAGGGGCGGGAGGAACAAGAUCAAGGUGGACGACUUCAAGUUUGCUCUCAGGAAGGAUCAGAGAAAGUUAGGAAGGGUGGAGGAGCUGUUGAUUAUGUCCAAGGUCAUUGCCGAUGCCAGAAAGCAAUUUGAUGAUAAGCAGGAGGUUAAUGAUGCCGCGAGUGUUGGGAAGUAGUGAGGAGAGGAGUGGAGAAUGGGACGGGAUGGGAACCGUAUAGAGAUCACGGGUGUAUUAUUACGAUGAAGUGUUUCGCUGGCUAUUUCUUUAUGGUUGUCUCACAUGAAAGGUUUUCUUUUGUAGGAUGGUUGGUUUGAUUUUUAGCCCCAUGUACAACUUACAUUCUAUUAUGAUACAUAUAUAUGAUACUCACUAAAACUAUUGCUCUUAUCUCACACCACCCUCGGUUUUCUGUUUUUGCUCCUCCAACCAUAUAUUCCAUGCAGUUAUCCCCACUAUAUCCCUUGCCAUACCAGCAAUGUGUUCAUCCGGCUCUUCACCAUCCGACUCCCACCUCGCCACAAUAGCCUCCCAGAUCAUGAAUACCCUUGCUCGACUAUUAUACACCCUUGCCACCGUUUUCAAGAUCCACAUAGACAGGUUUGGCCCCAGUUUGUGCCCCUUCUCUUUGUCGAAUAUCAGUUCCAGAAGUUCUUCCAGCCUUGGGACACUCCAGUCGGAAUAGCUUGUCCCACCAUGCCAAUAGAAUCCCUUGAGCAGGGCCACCGAAAUUGUCUCGUCGUAGUCGACCUUGCACUCCUCCAUCUCCUCCACCAACUCCAUUGUCCGUUUGUAGUUUCCCACUUGACAUUGGAGGAGUAUAAGCAUGUUGAAGGUGAUGAUAUCUGGUGCAAGAGAGACAUUGAACGUCUUCACAUAGUCCUCCACAACUCUUCUAUUCAUCGCCACCUGCUUUAGAUUCCUUGCCCACCUUCUCUGACCCAGGAAAUCAUCUUGCCUCGGCGGCACCUCGGUUGUCCCGGGAUCAAACAAUGUUUGCCUCAUCCUCUCGUAUAUGUACUCCGCGGACCCGUGCUCCUUCGCCCUGAUCAUGGCCGUCAUUACUGCAUUUAGGACAACCGUAUCUACCACUUCACCCGAGUCCACCAACUCCCGAUACGCCUCCCUGACCUUCUCCCCAUCACCGCAAAUCCCGUGGUAAGUUAUCAGUGUGGUGUAGGUAAAUCUGUCCGGCUUUAGAUUGCGGUUCUGCAUCUCUUUAAGGAUCAUGUCCGUAAGCAGUGGCGUCGGGGAUCUUGACGCCACAUCGAGAAGGACAUUGAACGUAGUGGUAUUAGCUUGGAUUCCUCCCUGGUACAUCUCAGAUUCACCCCAUAAAGCUAUUGCCGAUUGGGUUUCUGUGAUGGUAACACUGUUGAAAGAGCGAGAGACGAACGAGAUGGCUGCAUUCCACUCGUUUCGAGAUACGGGCAGAUGACAGGCCUUCAUCUGGUCCAGAAUAGCGAGAUAUCGGGUUGUAGCAUCCAUAUUUCGUCUAGGGACUGACAUAAACCUUGCUACCAACAUGUCCAACUCCUCCUGAUUCAAGAGGGUGGGCCGAGGAGGGGGGAGUUUGUUAUAGAGUUCGUAGAGUACGUUGUGUGGGGUUUUGGGGUCGAUGAGAUAUUCGAGAAACUCUUCCAAGCACUUCUGUUCUUGCGGGUCGUCCAGACACCGCGCAGGCAGUAUCUGGCCUUGAGCUGCCCUGGCUUCUCGCAAGUACGGUGGUACAGGUGGGGGAAAUUCCAGAUGGCGACGCCAAUAAGGGUCGGCAAUUGAACGUAAUUCGUCCCUGGUCUCUUCCCAUGAUAUUGGUCUGUCAUCAGGUCCACGUUUGUAGGCGUCAGAACCCCCACCAGAGAUGACCAAUGGCCUCCUUUGUAGAAAAUAGACGCCGUUACGACUAACCGAGGAGUGUGCAGGGGAGCGGCUCUUGCAUAGACCUCCCCUUACCAGGGAAUUGACGAAAAAGGUAUCCAUGGAACAACACUGAGCUCCGGACGUAGGAACUCGUCGAGGAAAAGGGGGUGCUAUGUUUUUUUUUGUAGGGAGUGGAGUGGGGCGGAAACAGGUAUUUCGGAGUUUCGACAGAGAACAAUUAAAACGACCGAUAUGACUGGAAAAGUGGAUAUUGCGGAUAAAGAUAUAGGGCACUCGAGUACCCCCACCUAAAACAGUAAUUGUACCGUUUGUCGAGAGAUCCAGUAGGAACAAGAGGAACAUGGAGGUUCGUGGGAAGGACACAUUGUGUAGUUUCACAAAUUACGGCAGACUGAUCAAGCGGCUAUUCGCAUCGAGAAAUCCGCGCUCGAUUAAGAAUAUUUUCGGUGAGGGUGGUCCAGAAGGAGGGUUGAUGGAU